UAUCAACUGAUAAGAAGAUAGGAGGUUGGGGUUUCUCUAAGUUGCAGCUCCCUUGUUAGGGCUGCCCUUGAGCUACGCUGUGAGCUGGGACGUUUCUCCGCCCCCUCCCUGCUUUUUUGGAGGAUGGCAAGGAAGCGGCAGGAACACGUGCUCACUACGAAGUGAACGAGCGAGGAAGGACACAUCACCUCCGCUUAAAUAUGCACGGAAUAGCACUGUAAACGCGAGGGUAUCGUACUAUAGAGAAUUGCAAAGUGCAUUCCGUUAUUCCGGCCGGACCAUCAUUCCGCCGAACCAAUUCAAGACCUCAAUCCUAAACACGUGGCUUCCUAAAGUAUCUACUACUACGGUAUCCAACAGGACAAGCAAGCAUUUCCUUGGGGAAAGAGGCUUUUGCGGAGGAGAUAAGCGCCCCGUUGCUUCAUUUCCGUUCCUUCGGCUUUGCUGUAUAACUUCACAGCUUCUGUCUAGCGGCGUUAUCGACGACUUGAAUUCAAGGAAUGGCAUUCUGGACACUAAAUGAGAAGCAUCGCAUGCAGCGUACAGCAACACUUUCUCGGCAAGUUCUAGAGCGAGCAAAAAAACGGAAAUUGUACUGGUGCCUGCCUUCUCAUCACCAAAACAGGACCUUUUGGGGAGAGGCUGAUAUUUCUCUUGAAGAUGCUUUUGCUGCAGUUGCUGAACACCUGGCCUGUAUCUCUGCAGUGUGCGAGAAUUACUACUGUUCAGUACCACCGUUUCAGUUUGACGAGAAUGAAAUUGAACAUAUUUUCCGCUACCACAGCAGAGAAGCAUCUCAAAACUUGCUAAGAGCAUUUGAAGAUGAGGAAAAGAAAAAUGCUCCAAUAGUGGAAAAGCAAAAUGUUCCAGGAGUGGGAAAGCCUGAACGUCACAAAACCAAAGCAACUGUUUUAACUGAACCAACUGCUUUAAUUCCAGCUCAGCCAUCUGUAUCAGAAGAGAUCCUCAUUGAAGUGUCACCUGGCUCAUACAUAAUCAACACAACUUCAUAUGAUGACACAAUCAAAGAAGCACACCUAGUAAAUGUUCAUCCAGGAGAAAGUGUAAAUCUGGUUUUUCAUUUAUCUCCUAAUAAUGACAAUUAAAAUCAAUUUCAAUGUC